UCUCUCUCUCUCUCUCUCUCUCUCUCUCUCUCAUCUCUGCCGCUUCGCGAAAUCCUAAGCACGUUUGCGUUUGUUUCAGACACUAUAAAAGGGAACUUCACUAUUCCUUACUUUACUCUCCGCUGGAGGACCAUCCAUGGCUGACCGUGAGAGCUCCGGAGCUCUCAUGGACGAUAAUUCUGAACACCCAGAAAGCAACGAAUCAACAGCAGCAGUAGAAGAAGAGCAAGAAAAGGGAGAGGAACGAAAUCGAGUCUUUGAAGCACGGCUUAGCGAGUGGCAUCAAGGCAAGUUGCAGAGUUCUGAACCUUCCCAGGAAGCAGAGCCUAAUUUGGAAACCCUAGCUGUGCCCACUUCGCUUGAAACCGACGAGAAAGAUCAGAGUGCCGAUUUGCAGGCGAGCUCUGGUACGCAGGAGGCUUUGGAAGGCGAAAAGAAGGAGCCAGUUGGAUCUUCUGGCAAGGAACUUACGAAAAGAGAAGCAGUCCAGACAACUCAAACUCAGAUAGAAAGUCAACUUCAGGUGUCAGUGUGUUCAAGUGCAUUGUCUGAAUUGUCUCCAACAUCUGUAACACAAUCUUUAUCAUCUGCUCCUAGUCCAGCUGUACCAGAACAAAGAAAGUCUUCUUCAAAGGUUAACAAGGUAAAUGUGCUGGAAGUAGACCAGAAAAAGCCUGCUCACCGUAAUACCUUAUCUCUUCUUUCUAUUGUGAGGACAUCCACAUCUGAUGGAUACAACUGGCGUAAGUAUGGCCAGAAGCAAGUUAAAAGUCCUACAGGGUCUCGAAGUUAUUACAGGUGUACUCAUUCAGAAUGUUGUGCAAAGAAGAUUGAGUGCUGUGACCAUUCAGGCCAUGUAGUAGAGGUUGUAUAUAAAAGUCAACACAGCCAUGAUCCACCGCAAAAGACUAACUCUGGUAGAGAAAGUAAGUUUGCACCAUCCAAACGGCCUAAUCUAGAGAACAUUGUUCUUGAGAAUCCCAUCAGAGUGCUUAAUGAUUCAAAUCCGUGCCCUUCUUCAAAGGAACCUCCACAAGAAGCACCAUGCAGUGCUGAUAGGAAAAGACAAAACUCAUCUGAUCAAAGUGAGAAUGGUAAAGCUGCCUUGAAGGAUGAGCAUGCUAUUGUGACAGAGCCCAAAAAAAGAGUGAAAAAAGGUGACUAUACGUGCUUGGAUUCUCCAGUAAAACCUGGAAAGAAACAGAAGUUUGUUGUACAUGCAGCAGGGGAUGUGGGGAUAUCGGGUGAUGGAUAUCGAUGGCGCAAGUAUGGGCAGAAAAUGGUGAAGGGAAACCCUCAUCCAAGAAACUACUACAGAUGCACUUCUGCUGGAUGUCCGGUCCGUAAACACAUCGAGACUGCCGUAGAUAACUCUAAUGCUGUAAUCAUUACAUACAAGGGAGUUCAUGAUCAUGACAUGCCGGUGCCUAAGAAACGGCAUGGCCCGCCGAGUGCUCCUCUCGUGGCUGCAGCAGCACCUGCUUCAAUGAACAAUUCACAACAGUUAAAGAAAAUAGACAAACUGCAGAAGCAAAAAUCUUCUACGCAGUGGUCGGUGGACACUGAAGGCGAAUUAACCGGGGAAGCCUUGGAACUUGGGGGUGAGAAAGCAAUGGAAUCAGCUCGAACUCUCUUGAGCAUCGGUUUUGAAAUAAAGCCUUGCUGAAAGAUCUCCCAGAAAAACCUGCAGUUGUAUCUGUAUAAAUUAAUUGGCGGGUAUUGUGUAAUUUUUUUUUUUUCACUUACUAAAUUUUUUUCCCUUUAGUUUUCUUUCCACGUAGUGUUUCAGUGGAACAAUUUGUUAAUAUUUUGGUUGUACAACCUUCCAAGUUGGCUAAAAGUGUUUGGUAGCGUUGUAAUGAAAAUAGGGCUGAUUGACAUCCCCUUUAUUCC